AUGGCACCUUCACCACCACCCCAACCACAAUCGCAGGGGAUGUCCGUUGAAGAAGGAUUGACCGCUGGCAUGGCGGGUUCGUCAGCUGCUUUUGAACCGGAAUCAGAUUCGAAUUUUUUCAGAGUCAUAACGGAAAACUUGAAGUAUGCUUUCCACAGUCCACUACCUAACACGCAAUUUCCCACUCCAUACUCAUCGAAUCAGGUACAGAUGUCCCAAGGCGCAAACCAAGGCCUGCAACAAGGUGGAAGCGACAACUCCUCGUCAUUGAUGGAGAACAGCAUGUUGCCUGGACUAUCUGGAGCAGCUAAUGCUGCCCCUGGCGAGGCUCUAAAUGAUUUUAACAUGCAGCCUUCGUCUGUGCUGCAAUGUGGGAGUGCGUUUCCCAACGAGUUCUUACUAGCCUCGCCAGAGCAGUUCAAGGAGUUUUUGUUCGAAUCGCCCGCAGGGUUUAGUAUCCUUCAUAAAACACCUGCAAGGACACCUCUACGGUUUGUGAGUGGUUCUCUGAAGGACGACGCUAAUAGUGGCAACUUAUUUGGCAACCCUAUGAUUAGUUCAUCUCACGGAAAGGAUGCUAAUAUCAAUAAGUUCACACAAACGCCACUAAGGAGUAUCGAUCUAAACCUCAUGUUUAACUCUAAUCAUAUGGCCGCCGCCUCUUCUUCGCCUUCCAAGCGAGUGGCUCUCUCGCUGACACCGUACGGGAGAAAAGUCCUUCAUGAGAUCGGUACACCUUAUGCAAAGACUCUGGUCUCCUCUAACAGUGCGUUAGCAGAUUUUCAAAAGGCACGGAAAGAUGUAACUAGACUACACAGUUCGCCUCCAACCGCGAAGAAGAUGACCAAGACGCCACCAUCCAAGCCGAGGAAGAAAACGGUCGUUGAAUCAUUAAGUGGCAAGGCAGGAAGUCAACAGACUUUGUCCAAAGAAAGUUUGAAUACCUGCGAGGGCGUUCAGGAGGCUGAUGAGGAUUGCUAUGGAUCGUCACCAACAACCAUUCAACUCAACUCGUCAAUUACAAAAUCAAGCGGGAGACUAUCGGCGCAGAGGAUACGUGUCAUGACUAGACAAAUAUCAGAAUCCAAUGUGGACGAUCGACUGUUCAAAGAGGACGUGGAAGGGCUUCAGCUGUCCCCGACGCCUAAAUGCAACGCAUUGUCGUCAAUAGAGACGCUCAAGAUACCAGAGCUUCCCAAAAUGGGAUCUUUCAAAAGUGAGACGCCGCCAGUCCCUACCAAGACGGCAACCUCGAAAAACGCAGCCUCUUCAUCAUCAUCGCUACAGUCCAAGGCCGGUAGAGUGAAAAAAACGACAAAGAAACAACCGAAGUUCCAAAUAAUCGUCGCUAACGCCCAAAAAUUCAGCGUACCGACAAGCCAAAAGAGCUCUAAGAAAAUAGCAAGCCUCAAACGAUCUCGAUCGAUGCUUGCCGAACCAACAGCAUGGACGCCGAAUGAAAGAAAAAACAAGAACACCAACAGCACUAACGACAACAACAAUAAUAACAAUGGCACUUCGGGCGUGAAUAGAGAUUCCACCAAUAAAAAAAGGUCAAAAUCAUUUACGGGCAACGGACAACUCUAUGGGUUUCAAUGA